UUCUCAAUCGCACCUUGCGUGUUGUUGUAAUUUAAAAGGAGUUGAGAGUUAUCGGCCUUCACCAAGCAAGAUGGCUGCGUCCUUGGUUCGCCGUGUUUUGUAUUCACCCCCAACGACGUUGGUUUAUCAGAGAUUCCUUGGUAGCAGAAAAUUAUUUCAUACGUCUGAAGAUAAUUCCGAUAAGUCCAACCACAGUUCAUCUACUCCGGGAGAGGAAGCUCUCGAUAAAUUUGCGAAAGUGGUCGAAAAAGUGAAGCAAGCUCAACAAAAUGAAGGCAAUGUCUCCUCCGCCUCCACUGCUGAAUCGCAGUCUCCAACCACUGCCGCUGAUCCAACUGAGUCUUUUGCAAGCAUGCUUCGAAAGUCUAAGUUGGUCUCCCUUGGAGAAUACAAGGACAGACUUGUAGAAGGGAAAAUCAUUGAAGUCAUGGAAGAUGAUUUGUAUAUUGACUAUGGUGGAAAGUUCCAUUGUGUUUGCCCAAGGCCAAAAUGGAAUGGCGAAAAAUACAAGAGGGGCACAAAAGUAUUGCUCAGUCUCCAGUGCUUGGAAAUGAGUUCUGCUUUUCUGGGAUCUGAUAUCCAUGUGACAUUGCUUGAAGGGGAUGCAACACUACUGGGCCUUCGCACGUCUCGGAAAAGUAACACCAACAGGUCACCACAGACCCAGGUGUCGUCUGUCCAAGCCGCCCGCUCGUCUCACAGCACAUGACAGGACGGGCUGACCACGUGUCAGAAGACCCAGGCAUUCAGGACUACUCUAGAGCAAGCUGGACACACUGUUCAUCUUACACACAUGUGUGGGCAAGGAGGGUAGACGGAUAUGUAGAGGAACGAGAACCAAGCAUUGGUACUUUCAUGCAAAGUAGUGCCUGCCUUGUUUAAUAGAACUGAAAAGUGGGUGGUUGGUGGGUGCUCUGGUGUGGUUUGCUCCUUCCUUUCAAUCAAACUACUAUCAUCUUUAUCUCUCCUCCUUUUUUAUGUUUAUUACUCUCUUGUAACACCUCUAAUAAUCUUCAGCACUUAUAUGACUUAUAUGAUUUGCAAGUGCCGUAAAACUCUUACUAAAACUAAACUAAGAAUUGAAAAGUAACAAGUACAGUCUUAGGUUGUUUUCACGGAAAAUGGAAGUAGGCAGAAUUGCUGUCGCUGCAGACCGAUGGUUCUCUCAGGUACUUUGUGCCUGGUGUGUGUUGUUUGCUGAGUGAGAAGAAAGCAAGAAUAUGAAAAGGAUAACUCUGUUAGUGGAAUAAGCUUUUUCCGAUGAAAAGAAACUUGGGGUACAGCCAGGUUUCAAUGUUUUGGUGCUGUUCUGUGGCCCGUUGACCGGUUUGAGAAUAAAUAUCAUGUUCUGUUCUUUGUUUCAUUUUGUUGAAAAAGCUUGGGAGAGUUGUUGAUUUCCAAAUGCCUUCUCAGAGCAGAACAGAAAAUCUUUACGAGGAUUAAGUUGGCAGUCUUUCUAAAAUAUCAGAGAUGGAUGAAAUAUUCCUCAAACGAAACGAAAUAUGUGAAUCGCACCCACAAUUUAUAUAUAUCGUACACUACUCAGCACUCAUCGUCAUCAUCAUUAUCAUCAGUUUUGUAAUGAGCAGCACCAAAGCAGCCUGCACGAGUGGUUAGUUAAAUCUCUGGUAUGGUCUGUUUCUUUUGGUGAAAUGCAGCAGUUGUCACGGUGAUUUGCUCUAAAGUAUCCAUACUUUGUCAUGCGAUCUACAUACAAGAGAGUUUGUUUUUCUUUUUUACAACAUUUUCUCCUCUGUAUCGUUCUGAUCCAUCUACAGCCGAGUCUGCUUAUUCCUAAAUCUGUGGGACUGUAGGAUUUUCUUUGGUCUAGCCAUGUUUUUGGUUUACAGACAUUGCUCAAAUAGCAAUUCGAAAAAAAAUGAAGGAUUCUAUUAACCCAAACACUGCAAGAAUAUGGAACCUUUGAUUUUUUUUCAAAUAGCAAAGAGACACCAAUUAAGGAUUCUACUUUCUUUCAGUUUUAUCGGUUUAAUCAUGUCUGGUUUUAACAGACUCUGCUGUAUUUUGAUCCAAAAACCUAAAUGCCUUGAAGUUGUAGUUUUGCUCUCGUAGCCCUGUUUAGCCAGGUCAAGUUAGUGUGAAAAGUGAUAUAAUAUGGAUACAUGUGUGUGUGUACUCUUCAGCAGCUGUUUAUGAGAUGUGUGGCUUUAUUUUUCAAGAGUGUGUGUGUGUGUGUGUGUGUGUGUGUGUGUGUGUGUGUGUGUGUGUGUGGAAAGCUUUGAUUUGUUUGUUUGAAUAUGAAUGAGAGUUUCUUUUGCAAAGUAAUACUGUGUUAUGAUGAUUUAAGUCUUGACAUAUUGUUGGUGUCAAUAAAUCAAAAAAUAUUCUGAC